AUGACCGAUUUUCGCCCGCGGGCUGAAGCCGAGCUUCUCAUUACAAGAACAUGCUAUCUCUCAAACGAUCCCGUCUUCUUCAUAGUCCUCAUCAUCGCAGAGUACAAUUUCAAAGAGGGAGUUAUAUACCUCCAAGAUGGUUUCGCAGGCUCGAGGCUUUACCAGCCCAUGAACUCUAGCCAAUUUAUCCAGAGUUUCGAUAACGAGACGGGUGAAGAAGUUGAAGUCGUGCGCCAAGGCACAGAGCCAGUUCUAUUUCGUGAAGACCAAAGCGAAGUCAUUUUUACGACAGGGAGGCCCAGUAAAUCCUGCGAAAUGCAGUUCAUUACUACUGCUCUCCGACCAGAUAGGAAGUACAGACUGUGCUUCAAACCGACAACCCCGAUUUCGCAUUGGCCAGUCAGCGCGGUGAAUACUUCGACUUCUCUUUCAAGAAGCCCGGGCGGUUUGCUAUCUGCGUCUGAACUUCCUACACCAGCCACACCGACUAUACCCUGGCAGGCCGCCAACGGCAACGACACAAUCAUCUUCGAGACCCGAAGUUCGCGACCAAAGACACCAAAAGUCACCGCCUCUCUAUCAGCACCAUCAACAUACUCUCUCUCCUCUCCCACCAAGAGAUUCGCUUUCACGCUCACGUUCUCGACGGACGCCGCGUAUCCCUUUACAGUCCACGCAGAUCGCGCAUGGGUCAAGUCUCUUCAAUCCGACUUGGCAAUCCUCGACGCAACGUCGCGCUGCAAGCUCGAACCUUAUUUAGAGAUCUGCCGCGACCAUUAUGAGAUCGAAAGAGACGAGUUCGUAAGAUUCGAAAAGACGUACAUCGAACACCGAGAGUUAGAUUUCGGAGGCGGAAAAAUGGACAGAUUGAAGCUUGAGGUUGGCAAAGAGUACAUACUCUGCCAUCUCGGCGGAUCGUGGUGGUGGAUGGAGGAUACGGUCGAGGAGGUCAUGGACUACCUUGCUUCUUGGAGUAGCGCAGGUCUGGAAGUAGGUACGACAAUCGAGUUUCAGGGCGCGGGUGAAGUGAAGUUUACGGUGGUGGAGUGA